AUGGCUCUGUUGUAUUCAGGUGUAGCUCGGCGCUAUGACAGGAAUCCAGCACGCAGAGCCUUUGAACAGCAGGCAGGUUUGGCACCGUUCCCCAUUCAGGCAGUGGAAACAAAUCUGGCCUCCAAAGACAGUCACUGGGUGUUCGUCAACGAGGAAAUCAGCGACACAGAGAUCCUGGAGCUUACCCACAGUGCACUGGGGCGCAUGACGGUGAUCCGGCAGAUCUUCCCGUUGCUGAAGGACAGCAGCACCCGCUGCAUGAGGCAGAACCACCGGAUCUCCUCGCUGCUGUGUGACCCGCAGGAAGGACACCUGCAGAACCUGGAGGUGUCCAACCUGUACCUGUACGACAGCGUGCUGAUGCUUGCCAACGCCUUCUACAGGAAGCUGGAGGACAGGAAGUGGCACAGCAUGGCCAGCCUGAACUGCAUCAAGAAGUCCACCAAGCCCUGGAACGGAGGCUGGUCCAUGCUGGAGACCAUCCAGAAGGGAAAUAUCACAGGUCUGACGGGUACGAUGGACUUUAAGGACAACGGCUCCAACUCCCACGUCCAGUUUGAGAUCCUCGGCUCGAGCUUCAGCGAGACCUUCGGCAAGGACAUCAAGAGGCUCGCCACGUGGGACUCGGUUCACGGCCUGAACGGCAGCCUGAAGGAGAGCCGGAUAGAGAACGGCAUGCAGGGAGUCACGGUCAAAGUGGUCACGUUGCUGGAGGAUCCUUUUGUCAUGGUGGCGGAGAACAUCCUCGGGCAGCCGAAGAGAUAUAAAGGCUUCUCCAUCGACGUCCUGGACGCCCUCGCCAAGAUCCUGGGCUUCAAAUACGAGAUCUACCAGGUAGCGGACAGUAAAUAUGGAAGUCGGCUUCCCAACGGCUCAUGGAACGGCAUGAUUGGCGAUCUAAUCAACAAGAGAGCGGACCUGGCGGUGUCCGCCAUCACCAUCACGCCAGAACGGGAGAACGUGGUCGAUUUCAGCAAGCGCUACCUGGACUACAGCGUCGGCAUCCUGCUCCGAAAGCCCGAAGAGAAGAUCAACAUCUUCUCUCUGUUCGCGCCCUUCGACCUCGCCGUCUGGGCCUGCAUCGCCGCCGCAAUCCCCGUGGUGGGAGUGCUCAUAUUCCUCCUCAACAGACUGCAGGCGCUGCGCUCCUCGUCCCAGAAUGCACCUCCCGGUCAGCCGGCUAACGGAGCGGGGUCGGGCACCCUGCACAGCGCCAUCUGGAUCGUUUACGGAGCGUUCGUGCAGCAAGGUGGGGACGGUGUGGUGGGAUCGGUCGCUCUGAGGAUCGUCAUGGGCAGCUGGUGGCUCUUCACGCUCAUAGUUUGUUCAUCGUACACCGCCAACCUGGCGGCGUACCUCACCGUGUCACGCAUGGAUCACGCUAUACGGUCUUUCCAGGACCUGGCGAGGCAGAUCGACGUGGACUACGGCACUGUGAGGGACUCGGCGGUCUACGACUACUUCAGGAACAAAGGCACCAACCCUCUGGAGCAGGACAGCACCUACUCAGAGCUGUGGAGGACCAUCAGCAAGAACAACGGCAUGGAUUACUCCGUGUCCAGCCCGUCAGAGGGAAUACGCAAGGCAAAGAAGGGUCCCUACGCCUUCCUCUGGGACAUGGCGGUGCUGGAGUACGUGGCCCUGACGGAUGACGACUGCACCGUCACCGUGUCGGGAAGCAGCAUGAGUAGUAAAGGCUACGGCAUCGCCAUGCAGCACGGCAGCCCCUACAGAGACCUCUUCUCACAGAAGAUCUUGGAGCUGCAGGAGAAAGGCGACCUGGACAUCAUGAAGCAGAAGUGGUGGCCCCGCGCCGGCCGCUGCGACCUCAGCAGCCACGCCAGCGCCCACCCCGAUGGCCGCUCCCUCAAGCUGCACAGCUUCGCCGGCAUCUUCUGCAUCUUGGCCGCGGGCCUGCUGCUGGCCUGCCUGGUGGCUGGGCUGGAGGCUUGGUGGAACAGCAACCACUGCCGCCAGGAGCAGCCCAAAGAGGACAAGGAGGUGAAUCUGGAACAGGUGCAUCGUCGUAUGAACAGUCUUUUGGACGAGGACUUGGCCCACAAGCAGAUCCCCGGCCCCUCUAUCGAGAUCUCUGCGCUGGACAUCGGCAGCAUGCAGCCCAGCCAGGCCUCUCUGGUCCCGGGCCCGGAGUCCAGGCGGGACUACCCGCCCUCGGGCCUCGCUGUGACCACCUUCCUCCCCGGGGAGGGGGGACCACCUCCUCCUCUUCCCCAUCCUCACCAUGGGGGGACCCUAGGCAGGACGCUACCCCCAUCCCAGGGCCCUGGCAGCAGCACGUUGCCCCCGCACCACCCGCUCAGCAGCACCAACCUCAGCGGCACCAUGCAGUGCAAACACAGGGCACCCAACGGGGGGCUCUUCCGGCAGAGCCCUGGCAAGACACCCAUGCCAAUGUCCUACCAGGCAGUCUCCGCAGGACCCAUACCCGAAGCCAUUGAGGCCACCCACAGUACAUCGAUAUAAGAUCGGAGGGGUAAAAGGGGGGCGGUGGGUGGGAGGGAGGCUGCUCUCUGGACCUGGGUCCAGGUUCGGAUGCGAGGCGGGUUGGGGAACCCUAGAGGAAAAUUAUUAUAGAGGAAAAAAACAUAUAUGUACAAAGUAAAAAGAUUUUGUAUCUCACUAUCUGUUCAGAAACACACACACGAAAAAUCUAACAAAAAACAACAAAAAGCGGGCGGCGGGCUGGAGGGUGUAAUUUUUCUCGUGUACAUAUCUGUAAAUACCAAGAGAACGAAGUGAGGUUAAAGUGUAUUUUGAAUAUUCUCAAUUUUUGAAGUUGAGUUAUAAAAACAAACAAAAUGAGAUAAAAAAAAAUAUAAACAUUGAUGAAAAAGUUAUGACUGUUUGAAUGGCUUUGUAAAUUUUGUUCAAUUAAACAAUGACGCGAAAUUCAUUGUGAUUGUUUUCUAAGUGCCGAAAUUAAACGAUGUCUUUCCACAACUCAUUGAUGUAAACGACUACCCAUGAUGCACCGCUGUAGGGACAUUUUUAGUGGUGGACACCUACUGUUAUGCACCUCUGUACCAACCCUAUAUAUAUCUUCAGCAUCGGACAAAAAAAAAUCACUCUUUGUUUUUUCCCCAUUUGUAUUAAAUAUAUAAUAUACAUAGUUUUUUCCAAGCAAAAGUCUACAUUCUUUUCUUACGUUGACUGUAAAUGAUGUUCAUUCAAACACUGAGGGGGAACAAGCGGGUUUUUAUUGGGUUCAUAUUUUACACACAGCUCAAUGGUUUGUUUUUAUAGCGAGUUUUUAUUUGGCGUCAGUACUGUCCAGGUGAGAGUCUGUUUGUGACGAGCAAAUGAGCGAAGAAGAGUACGUACGGCUGCGAGCGCACCGACCGCUGUCUUUAGGUCAAACGAUGAUGCAAUCAUGCAAGCCUGGCCUCUUUGUGGAACACGACAGGGUGUAGAACCGUGGCUCCCUACCCACGCGGUACAGGUCUUAGUCUUAAAGUCAAAUAUCAUAUUUUUGAACUGUAAAUGCAGUCGCGCGUUCGACGUGAUGAAAUCUCCCAACAGUUUCUGUAGUCCCGUUUAACCACUUACUACAAAAACCUUUUCUGGGUCACGUUAAAGCUUCAAAAUUACGAGAAUUGCUUCUGUAUUUUAAGCUGUGGAAAGAAAUGAACAUGUUUAGGGUUGGAUGAACCACAGACCUUUAGACAUCAAACAGAAACCAACCCGACUUCGAGAUGAGGAAAUCAGGAACACAAAAACAUUUGUUCUGGGUUUCAGAGAGAUGCUUGCACCUUCUAAAUGAUGAAUAGUUUUAGAGUUCGUCUUCUUCAUCGCACCACCAGCAAACCAGUGAAAAUCAGUUACAGUCUUUUUCUAUGAAACUCUGUCCAGAUGCUUUUAGACUAAUGAAAAGUUGGCACCAAUUUAAAACAAGUACUGGCAUGCUUCCCAACUCUGAGACAGACCCUCUUGUUAGCCAAAUAUAUACAAAAAACCAGAAACGGUCCAGAGUAUCAGCCAGCCUGGUAUUCAUUUUAUUUGAUAUUUUUGAGCUUCUGUUUGUAUUUGAAGGAAGUGUCAGAUUCAAAUUGGUGCCAGAACGAUUGAUGGUUAUUAAUUUAUUCAAACAAACUUCGACAACAGUCGAAGUCUGAAAGUCUGAAAUUACAGACCUGAAACACAAGAAAAGUUGUGACAGAUCAAACGUAUUCGCCUUUCCAUCCUUACUCUUACUAACCGCUCCCACAGAGUUCCUAAAGGAGGGCCGACACUUUUGUUUUCAGGCAGUCGUAAUGCUUCGUUUGUGGCCAAAUAUCGAAGCUCGGCCGAGUUCCAACAGCGGUCGGUGUGAACGCAGCCUUAACCUUAAGAAAAAAUAUAAAGGUACUAAAUAUAUAUGUCUUUAAUUUUUAUACUCGAGAAUUUUACGUCACGCUCUCGUACGCAAGUUUCGUCUUGCAAAGCAGUGCAGUUAUUCUAACGAGGAGUGAGAGAGUGACUCAGAGAGGCAUCGUAUUUAAUAAU